AUGACUGCUCCUUGUAGUCAUAGAUAUUGUGAAUCAUGUAUACAUGCAGCUUAUAUGAAAGAUGCUGUAUUGGUUUGUUUAGGUUGUAAUGUUCAAAUUAGAAGACAAACAUUUGUAAGCCAAAGAUUCGAUGAUGUAAACGAUAAGGAAAAUAAUACAAGAAGAAGAGUUUUAAGAGUAUAUAACAAAAGAAGAGAAGAUUUUAAUAAUUUGAAUGAAUACAAUGAUUACCUAGAGAUUGUGGAAGAUUUGAUAUUUGAAUUUAUGAGAGGAGGUGAACAUCAAGCAUUGGCUGAACAAAAACUUAAAGACUAUAACAAACAGAAUCAACAAUCGAUUAUCAUAAACAAAAAGAAAAAAGAAGAAGAAGAUGCUAAAAUAGCAUCGUUGAUCGAAGAGGAACAAAGAGAGGCAAUAGAAAAGAGAAACUUUUACAAGAAACAAGAUUUAAUCGAUCAAACAACCAAGAUUCAAGAGAGUAUAAAAGCAAUGGAAGAUUUGGCAGAUGGUAAAAUCUCUGCAAGUGAACUCAAAGAAUUGGAUAGAAAGAAAAUGAUUGAACAACAACAAAAUAAUUCUGCAACCUCUAUCUUGUCGUAUAGUGAAAGUAAAAAAUUAAUGGGUGCUCCUGAAACAAAUAUAUUAAAUAAUCAUAAUAAUCAACAUCAACAACAACAGCAACAAAAUCAACAAAAUCAACAACCAACAACAGGAGAUCAAUCAAAUAAAUAUAGUUACCAAGCGAAACAACAACAACAACCACAACCAGUAGCACAGCCUCAUGCAAUUGACAGUCAACACAAACCUGUAUUUUCACAACCAAUGCCAACCGAACAAUUUAAAUAUGAUGAUUUAGGACUCAAAGAUUUAAUACCGACAUUAAAACAAUCAGAAGCAUCAGGAUUUAAACAAAAAUAUAUUAAACAAAGAGCAUUUGAAGAGGCAUUUGAUUUUAUGAUACCAACUAGUUGA